AUGGGUAAGAAUAUUACAGUUGCCCAUAUCCAGUACGAUUUUGAGGCUGUCCUGGAGGAAGAGGAGCCUGAUAAUGAUCGUGAGUUUUAUAUCAACAUUGACAGAAAUCUGAAUGAAAUCAAGGAGCACAAGAUGGUAGUAUUAGCAAACGGCAGGGGAAUAGAUGCAGGCGAAGGAAAUAAGUUUAAGAAACUUAGUUCCCAUUUGUAUAGGGCACAGUUGGAUGGCCAAAACUUUUUAUUCAAUACUAUUAAAAGAGAUUGUUCAAAGACGCUCAAGGGUGCGGAUUAUACUUCUGUAGAUACGAUUAAAGUUCACAUGAGGCGAUUCAUAUUAGGUACUACAAAAGGUGAUAUCAAAGUGUUGGAUUCGAAUUUCAACCUAGAAACAGAAAUUCAUCAGGCUCACGCUGGCGAAAUAUCAACAAUAAAGUUUUUUCCAAGCGGUGAAGCAUUGAUAUCUGGUUCACAGGAUAUGCGGCUAAAGAUUUGGUCGGUAAAGGAUGGCUCCAAUCCCCGUACAUUAAUUGGACACAGGGCAAAAAUCACAGACAUCGCUAUAAUAGACCGGGGAAGAAAUGUACUUUCUGCCUCCCUCGAUGGUUCUAUUCGCCUAUGGGAAUGCGGGACAGCAACGACGAUUCACACAUUCAACAGAAAGGAAAAUCCGAGUGAUGGUGUAAACAGUAUAGUCACCUUUAUGGAUACAGAUAAGCUGUCACUUGAAAUCCCUACAUUUAAGAGUACUAAUUUGGAGUUUGGAACGUGUGGAAAACAUGUUAUUGCGGGCCAUGUUUCUGGCGUUAUUACCGUUCACGAUGUAUUUUCCAAGGAGCAAACUAUUCAACUCCCAAGCAAGUUCACAUCUGCAUGCAAUUCAUUGGCAAUUGACGUGAAUGAAGCAAACUAUGUUUAUGCUGGUUAUGAGAAUGGAAUGUUAGCUCAGUGGGAUUUAACAUCACCAGAAUGCCCAGUUGAUGAGUUCUUUGUUAAUGAGGGCAUUCCAAUUAAUAGUCUCUACUGCGUGUCUGACACCUUGUUUGUCUCUUCCGGCCCUGAUACAAGUCUCAAGCUUGAUAUCAUUAGAGAUCCGGGAACCCAACGCCCCAAAAUUGCAUCGAAGACGCCCACCUUUUUUGUUUCCAAUGAUAAUGAGGUUAGCCAGUUUUGUUUAAUUGGCCGUAAUGGAUCAAAAAAAGAUGUGAUUGAAGUUGGAAAAUAUAACUUCUGUGUUUUAUAUAAUUUAACUGAGCCUUAA